AUGAUGGUUUUUUUGUUAAGGUAUUUAUGCUGCUUAUUCUGUUGCCCACCUUUUCCUUCUUCGAUAGUUUCAAAGCUGGCUUUUAUGCCACCCGAAUCCAGCUACACAAUCACCGAGAACAAUAGGUUACAUUUGCUGGAGGGUCGUGCAGAAUGGCCUCAUGAUCCUGAUCAUCUUGCUACCAGUGUGGAAAUGUUCGUUGCAAGAACUAGAAGAAGAAACAAAAUCGCAUGUGUUUUUGUGCGUCCCGUGCCAGGUGCCUAUUUCACGCUAUUAUUUUCUCAUGGAAACGCCGUAGAUAUUGGUCAAAUGACAUCAUUUUACUGGGGACUUGGCCAUCGUCUUGGCUGCAAUGUGUUUAGCUACGAUUAUUCCGGAUACGGGUGUUCAACAGGAAGACCGUCGGAGAAGAAUCUCUAUGCCGAUAUAACUGCUGCAUUUGAAACACUGAAAACGAAAUUCGGUGUCCCAGCCGAUCGUGUAAUCCUUUAUGGGCAAUCAAUAGGUACAGUACCUAGCGUUGAUUUGGCAAGUCGUGAAGAAGUAGCAGCCCUUAUUCUGCAUUCACCACUAAUGAGUGGAAUGCGUGUGGCAUUUCCAGGAACUCAACGCACUUGGUGUUGUGAUGCGUUCCCAUCAAUCGAAAAAGUACCUCGCGUAAAGUGCCCAACCCUUGUCAUCCAUGGAACUGAUGAUGAGGUAAUCGACUUCUCUCAUGGAGUCUCCAUUUAUGAGCGCUGCCCGGCUUCUGUUGAACCGCUAUGGGUUUCAGGUGCUGGCCACAAUGAUGUUGAGUUACAUGCCGCAUAUCUGGAACGUCUACGAAAUUUCAUUGACAGCGAGGCAAGGCGUUCCAAGGACGACAUUGGCGUCCGCGUAUAG